AUGACCAUGCUGCUUCUUAUGGCAGAAGAAGUUCGAUGGAAAAGAGAAUAUCCAACACGUUGCUGGAUCAGGAAGAUGAAAAGUCUUCAGAACUACUCUAGAGGAAGCAGAAAGCAAAGGAGGCUUUGUCAAGGACACGGAGAAGAUAAGGCCAGAACAAGAGCGGCACGGAAGAGUCGCGUCAACGACUACAUGGGAACGUUCAUCUGCGAACCGUUCAAAGACCAGGCGCCGCAACAUCCAACUGUGGGAGCUCGAGAUCAGACGGAGAGCACGACUACAGCUCUGGACGGCGUAACUGCACGCCCUAAUAAGGCAAAGGGCGUUAAUAAGCGCCCCAGGGAAGGUGCAAGCCCAGAUGCGAGUCCGCAACGGGCGACUCAAAGCGGGAAAAGAAUUAAGCGAAAGGAUGCUCCACAGCUUGGUUCUGAGUCGCUAGAUGGAACGAAAGAGGCGCCCUUAAAUAGUCCUGGCAGUUCGUAUGCUGAGACCGUUUUAAAGGACGGAGCGGACAAUGGGGACGGCUUCAAAGUUGUUAAAAGCAAAAAGAAACGGACUCCAAAAGAGAAACCCUCAGGUGAGAAAAAAGAGCUUCCGAAGCCCCCUUUGAAGCUGAGGAGCACGGAAGCUGUUAAAAUUACGGCAAGCGACCCAAAGCUUUAUGAGGAUGCACUGUCUUCGGCCCUGCAUAGUAAAGCUGAGGUCACACCUCUAGUGAAUAAAAGGUCUCUAGAGAUUAAGGAUUUGGACGAAGCCACCUCAGAGGUUGAGGUAACUGCAGCACUAAGAGAAAAGCUGGGUAAACCCGACCUGAAGAUGGAGUGUCGACUUUUGCCGCGAUACAGAGGAACUAAGGUUGCUCUGGAAAACCGCAGUGAGAAGAAGAAUGUCGCAUUAGCGACAGACUGCAAUGAACAUCGAGAUGAAUGCGUGAAGCUGCGGGCGGAAGAGGCAGCAAGCAUUCUAGAAAUGGAAGAAGAGGUCAGCAAGAUGCUGAAGUCCUGCGAAGUCCAGAAGAAUGUCAAUAGGACAAUUAAGGAUGGACUUAGAAGCAUAACAUCGCUCAUACGGGAUGUGAAGGAGAAGCACGCAGCAGCGUCCAGAAAAGAUGAGAAGUUCUACCAGGGGUUAGCCUGGUCAGAGGAUGCACGAAAGGACCGAAGAAUGAGACGUGACCGUUUUAAUGCAGUAAUGCUUAAAAACGUUGUCCUGGAGUCUCAGAAGCGGAAGAGAAGUGAUCCUGAGAGUACGAAGGACCCAAAAAAGAAGAGGGAGGAGGGACCUUCUAGAAGGUCCAAAGGUAACAAGACCAAACCGGCACCAAAGCCAAAUCCAGUUAAGAAGGGAAGAGCCACAGUGGUCGUCAAAGUGGCUGAAGGAGCUACCUUCGCCGAAGUGCUGGCGAAAGUUCGAAAAGAGGCUGACCUGGAGGCCAGUCAGACAAGGGUUGUGGGAGCUUUACCCACUAAAAAGGGAGACCUGCUCAUUAAAAUUGGGGGGUCUUCAAACAAGAAGUUGUUCACCAAAGAGGUGACAAAGGUGAUCGGCGAUCUGGGUAAGGAGCAGAUGGCGGACCGGCGAACUACGUUGGAAAUCCGCGAUAUGGAUGCCCUUACAGAAAAAGAAGACGUACUGGGUGCCCUGGAGAAAAUUUUUACGGUACCAACAGGAAGUAGGAAGGUGACGGUUCUCGGACCGAACAAGCGAGGAGCAAAGCUCGCUGUCGUGGUCACCAGUCAGGAAGACGCUGAUAAGCUGGAGGAAAUCGGGCACAUAAAGAUUGGGUUCGUCUCCUGCAAGAUAAGAAGAAGAACUAUGGUCACAUGGUGUCAUAAGUGCCUUGACUACGGCCAUAUAGGUAGAGAUUGCCAAGGUGUAGAUAGGUCAGCUGCGUGCUUCAAGUGCGGAGAAGCUGGCCAUAAGGCAGCAGGUUGUAAGAAGAGCCCAUGCUGCUUCUUAUGCCAGCCAAAGUUCGGCGAGAAGGAGAAUAUCCAGCAUGUCGCCGGAUCAAGAGGUUGCAAGGUUUUCAGAACUGCCCUCGAGGAAGCAAAGAAGACUUUGUCAAGGACAAGGAGGAAAUAA